CAAUAACUAAUAAAAACAACCCUUGAACUUUUUUUAUUGGUUUACUAUUUGAUAUGUCCACUAUCUAAGCUAUACUUCCACAGCUGCUUGUAAAUAUAAUAUCAUUUUAAAUGUCAGGUAAUGAACGUGUUUGUCAUUUUUAUUGCGCAGUAUGAAGUGCUUGAUUCUGAUUGGUCAUUUGGGGACAUUCAGCGGUCUGAUAUUCUAUUUUCUAUUCUAAAUUUUAUGUACCCCCCCUCACAUGGUUGUCUGGAUUGCUUGAUCCUGAUUGGUCAGCUAAAGUAUUCACUAUAUGCAUACAAACUGUACAGUGUACAGUACAUACAUACAUAUGACUGCCUGAAAUGCUUGAUUCUGAUUGGUUAAUUGCAGCUUUAGUGAUCUGAUAUUCUUUUCUAUAAAAUGUUGCUUCUAUUUCUUUCCUAUUUUGUGAGAAAUUAUGCUGUUAGAUAGCUAUUAUAGAAUGUUUAAAAGUAAAUUAAAAUCAACAUUAAAUAAAAAUAUAUUAGAAUCCAUUACAUUCACAUGUAUCAUUGUUAUUUUGAAUCGAGAAAUAACACUUUCUCCUUUUCUUUUCUUUGCUUUUCUUUUCUUUCUGAGGCUCUCAAGUCUUUUCGAAGUCGAUUAUGUAUUUCAAAGUCACUCUUGAGUCUUAACCUGCGUUAAAGCUCAGCCCCCGUCUGAUAGUGACAUUGGCCUUGGCUUCUGAAUGCCGUGCGUUACGCGCCCGCUCCCCGCCCAGCAGUGCGUUAUCGAGCUCAGAUAACUCCGUCUUAACGAGGGUCUCCGGGUGUGAUGCGCAGCAAUCCAGUCCUAAAUCUCCUCCUCUGCAACCUUCGAUCCCUGGAACUUACAUAAUAAUUCCCAGGACGACCUCAUGCUCGCACCUGACGCGCCGCCGGUCAGUGUUGGUCCAGGCUGCUGCUCGCCAUCAUGACCUGCUGUGAUCUGAAAUGCGGGCUCGCCACAGGGACCAUGCUGGGCGCCCUGAUCGCCUUGCUGGGCGUGAUUCUCAUCCCUGUGGGCAACAUGUUCAUUGAAAACACCGUGCACACGGAAACAGUGUUGGAAAACGGGACUUUAGCAUUUGACACCUGGACAUCUGUAGACACGCCGAUAUACAGGCAGUUUUGGCUGUUUGAUGUGCAGAACCCUGAUGAAGUUUUAAGUCAAGGGGCCAAACCUGUGCUGGUGCAGAAAGGACCGUAUACAUACAAGACGCGUUUUAUCCCCAAAACAAAUAUCACCUUCAAUGAUAACUACACUGUGUCCUUUGUGCUGCCGGCGGGAGCCAUCUUUGAGCCUAGCAUGUCAGUAGGGACAGAGGAGGACAUAUUCACAUCGCUCAAUCUAGCCGUAGCAGGUGUUUACAGUUUACUAGAUCAUAGUCUUGCAAACUUGCUCAUCCAACGCUCCAAUUCCACACUCUUCCAGAAAAGGACUGUUAAGGAAUUGUUGUGGGGCUACAAAGACCCAAUGCUGAGCAGCACGGUUGGAGUUUUUCAUCCAUACAAUGACACCUUCGAUGGACCAUACACUGUAUUCACGGGGAAGGAUGACAUCAAGAAGGUAGCCACGAUUGAACGCUGGGCAGGUGAACCAUCACUGAGUUACUGGAAUGACCCUUAUUGCAACAAGAUAAACGGAACAGAUGGUUCCUCCUUCCACCCUUUCCUGAGCAAGAAAGAACCCCUGUUCUUCUUUUCUUCCGAUAUCUGCAGGGCAAUAUCUGCUGUGUAUGACAGAACUGUUGACCUGAAGGGAAUCGACGUGUAUCGGUACAUGUUGCCUCCUGAAGCUCUGGCCUCUCCAGUGGAGAACCCAGAUAACCAGUGCUACUGUACAGACCCUGUGAUCACCAGAAACUGCACUACGGCAGGACUUCUUGACCUCACUGUCUGUAGAGGAACCCCAGUAUUCCUCUCUCUACCCCACUUCCUCUAUGGCAGCAAUAAUCUCCAUCAAGGUGUGAUCGGACUGAACCCAAACUCUGAUGAGCACUCCAUAUUUCUUGAUGUUGAACCGAUUACAGGUUUCACUCUGAGAUUUGCAAAAAGACUUCAGGUCAACAUGUUGUACGGCCCAUCGGAUAGUAUUGUAAUUUUGAAAGAAAUCAAGGACUACACAGUUUUCCCUAUUUUAUGGGUAAACGAGACGGCAGUUCUGGACGAUGAGACGGCCGACAUGUUCAAGAAAGAGCUGAUUUCUCGGAUGGAGCUGUUGGAGGGGUUUCAGAUCGGACUCAUAGUGGUUGGCUUAGUCUUAUUUGCCAGCUGUUUGAUUGGAUUGAUUGUGGAGUGCACGAAACCGAACCGUAAACCUUCUUUGAUUGUUAAAUAAAGGGAGGGAUGCUUGGUGCUUUGCGUGUUUGAUUUUUUGACAGCGCACUUUGUGGGAAUUGUAUAUUGUAAUUGCUAAUUGCGCUCAGAGUACUGCAAUUCUAUUUAUAUAAUUUAUAAACUCUGCAUUUUCGUGGAGCAAAAUUAUUUCUUUCUGUAUUUCGCUUGAUAUUGUAUCAAGUCAUACUUUAAAUAGUUAUCAGGGCAAUAAUUCUGCCAUUUUGCGGUCAUACUGUGGUUCAUUUAAAUAUGAAAUCGUUUUAUAUGUCAGCACAAUUUCAGUAAAACAAAGAA